AUGUGGAGUGCGAAUGCCGCCUUUGGCCGCGUUGUCGAGGGCUCGCAGCUCCAGGGCCGCACCUUCCUCGUCACCGAGCCCGACGGCAGGCGCCGCGACGCCAUCGAGCGCGCCGUGCAGGCUCUCGGCGGCGCGAUCUGCUCGGCGGCGCCGUCCGCCGCGACACUCGAGAUCUGCGCGAGCCGCGAGAAUUGCGUGCUCGAGGGCGGCGAGCAGGUGACUCCCGACUGGCUCGUCUUCCAGAUGCGCGUGUCGCAGCCGCUCGCGCCGGGGCUGUCUCCGCUCUUCCGCCCUCUUGGCGGGACGCCUGGCCGGGGCUGCGAGGGCGGCAUCCCGGCACUCCGUGCCGUGGCCGUCUCGCUGGCCGGGUUUGCAGACGGGCAUCUCGUCUGCUCGCACACCGACGCGGCCUCGGUGUCGCGUGCGAGGCCGGCGCUGCGCGAGGCGCUCGCGGCGAAGCGUGCGGCGGAGGGGGGUGGCGGGGAGGGGGGUGGCGGGGAGGGAGGGGGUGGUCUGGAGGUGGUCCACGUCGGCUGGCUCGAGGCGUGCGUGCGGCAGUGGGGCAAGGUUCCCGAGGGGCGGUACUGGCUGCAGCUGCCGCAGGAGAUGAACGGCCAGUUGCCGGCCGAGGACUGGCCGGCGGUGCUGGUUGCGGGAGGGGGGGAGUGGACGCGCGGCUUCGCGGUCGACCAGCGGCUCUGCGUCGGUGACGCGGUCGUCUUCCGCAUCGGCGUCGGCGCCUCGGCCCGGCCGGCCGCUGGCGAGCCGCUGACCGUGCACGUCGCGCUCUUCCGCGCUAAGUGCGGAGGGGCCGAGGUACGGAGGCACCGAGGGGGCGGCGCAGGCGUUCGCGAGGCGGUGGGUGCCGAGCGGGGAGGCGUGGAGGCUGGAGGAGCAUGCGAGGCGCCGUCGCGCCGCUCCUUCUUCGACAGCUCCGACGAGGAGGGGCAGGAGGAAGAGGGGGAGGAGCGGGAGCGGGAGCAGCAGCAGCAGGGGGAGGGGCGGGGGCUGGGGGAGGGAGGGGGGAAGGGCGGCGCCGCCUCUCGCGAGCGCAUCCCUCCUCACGCGCCUCCCGACGCCGCAUCGGUGCGGGCGUGGCUCGUCGCGGCGGCGGCGAUCCCGUCGGAGCUGCGCCUCUCCAGGGCGGGGCGCGGAGUCGAGGGCUGGUACGACCCCGACGGUCGGUCGGAUGAGGCGGAGAUGAGGAAGUACCGCGGCUUCUGCCGGCAGGGAGACUGGAAGUGGGCUGGCGACUCGGCGGGCGAGGUGGGCCGCCGCCUGAUGGAGCUGCGGCGGCACAAGAGAAGCCGCUUCUCGGCCAACGACCUCUGUAUCGCGCUCGACCGGCGGGGGGAGUGCGAGCGCUGCUCCGUCCGCUACUACGACGAGGAGGGCCUCGCGCUGCUCGGCUCUGCGGCGCACGCCUUCGAGGCGAUGCGGCUCGAGGCCGAGGCGAUGCGGCUCGAGGCCGAGGCGGCGCUGCGUGAGGCGGGUCUGUCGUCCGAGCAGCGGGGCGAGCUGGCCGAGCGGCGCAGCGACGCGCGCCAGCCCGAGGGGCGUGGGCUGCUGCCUCUGCUCGGGCGCGCGUGGCGCGAGGCGCUGCAAGACUCGCAGGGAGAGUCGCAAGAGGCGUCGCAGCACGAGGCUGGGUCUGGGGCGGACUCUGAGGAGGGGGAGGGGGAGGAGGAGGGGGAGGGGGAGGGGGCCGAGCCCGCCUCCGAGGGCGGCGAUGCGCCCGUCCGCUCGCCCGGCCUCGAGGAGAGCGUGUCGCCCGCCCGCCUGCUGCCAGCGGGGGGGCGCCGGCCCAAGGCUGCCUGGCAGGUGCGUCGCUUCUUCGAGACGACGCCGGGCGGCGUGGACGGGCUAGUGGCGCAGUACCUCCCUCCGGGCAAGGACGAGGACGAGGACCCUGAGGACGAGGACCCCGAGAUGUGGCGCGUGGUGCACGACGGCGACGGCGACGAGGAGGACCUGGACUUCGACGACGUGGUGGACGCGCUCAUCGCAAAGGAGCCUCGAGGGCGGGGGAGGGGGGGAGGGGCGGCGGACCUCAACCACAAGAGCGCCGACGAGAUGGAGGGGGUGCGGCACGAGGAGGAGCGGCAGGAGCGGCUGUCUCGCGCGCAGAGGCUCGAGACGCGCAGCCACCACUGCAGCGAGAACCAGACGCCGCGGCUGGUCGCGGGGCUGUAUGGCGUCUCGCUGCCUCUGCUCCUCCGGCUCGCCCUCGAGUCGGGCCGCGGGAGCGUGGCGCAACUCGACUCAGUAAUCAACCGCGUGGUCGCGGGCACGAGGGCGAGCAAGCGCGGCUUCGUCCUCCUCCUCCCGGCCUUCCGCAUCGACGGCGCGCGCACAGAGGCGGAGCCGCAGCAAGCGGCGGCGCGGGGGCGGCGCGGGGCCAAGGGCAGGCCGGCGCAGCCCCACCCGCAGGCGGCGGCGGCGGGCGAGGAGGCGGAGGCGGCGGGGGUCGAGGAGGGGGCCGGGCCGGAGGCAGCCGGGCCGGAGGCAGCCGGGCCGGAGGCGGGGGAGGCGGCCCAGGCAGCCGUCGAGGGGGCAGCGGAGGAGGUGCGGCGGGCGGAGGCGGCGGUGGCGGGGACGGCGGCGGACAUGCCGGCCGAUGCGAUGGCAGCGGAGGCGGCGGAGGCGGAGGCGAGGGAGGGUGGCUAUGCGGAGGAGGAUGCGAAGGAGGAUGCGGAGGAGGAGGAGGGUUCGGGGGGCGCCGCCGCAGCAGCCUCCGCCGCAGCUGCGGCGGCCGCGGCGUCGGAGGGAGUGGGUGCGAUGACGGAGCCUGAGGCGGACGACGAGACCGACCCGGAGGCGCUGACGGAGCCGGAGCCAGACCCGGAGGCUGAGCCGGAGGCGGGGGCGGAGGCGGGGGCGGAGGCGGGGGCGGAGGCGGGGGCGGAGGCGGGGGCGAGGAGAGCGGCUGUGGAGGAGCAGCCGCGGGCGCGAGAGGCGGCGCAGCUUGCAGCGUCGGGGGCGGCCCGGGCUUGUCUUGCAGCGGAGUCUCCUCGAGCGGAGGAGGGCGCGUGGCUGCCCGAGGAGGCGCACGAGCUCUUCUCCGCCGGGGAGGCGACUGCGCCGGGGCUGCUCUGGCUGGGCGCGCCGCGGGCGCACCGGCUGGCGCGGCCGCAGCGCGGCGGCGGCGUCUUCGUCGGCCAGACCUUCGCCCUCGAUCCAGAGGUCGUGCCACCGCCCGCGCAGCUACGACGCAUCAUCGAGGCGGGCGGGGGGGCCGUCCUGGAGCAGGGCGCGCCGCUGCGCGUGGGCGCCAUCGCCGUCGUGCCAGACGGGGCGGACGCAUCGCACCCGCUCGCCCAGGAGGCGCGUCUAUUCCCCUCCCGCCCGCCCGACACCCUCCCAAAGGGUCCUCCUCACCCCUCGCCGGGGUGA